AUGCACACUCAAGAGUUGGGCGUGUUUGAUGUUGUAUUUGAUGGUUUCAAGGAAUUGUGCCUCCUCCCAUCCUUCGACGCACCCUCCUAUCCUUACCUGCUUAUCCAUCUCUCAUCUGCUUAUCUGCCACCUCGUCACGUUCUCCGUCUCCUCUCCUUCUCUGCCCCUUCCUCUUCUUCUCUACCCCUUCCUCUCCUUCUCUGCCCCUUCCUCUCCUCCUCUGUCCCUUCCUCUCCUCCUCUGUGCCUUCCUCUCGUCCUCUUUCCCUUCCUCUCCUUCUCUGCCCCUUCCUCUCCUUCUCUGCCCCUUCCUCUCCUUAUCUGCCUCCUCUCCUUCUCUGCGCCUUCCUCUCCUUUUCUGCCCCUUCUUCUCCUCCCCCUCCUCUUCUCCUCUGUUCCUUCCUCUCCUUCCCUGUCCCUUCCUCUCCUUCGCUGCCCCUUCCUCUCGUGCUCCUCCCCCUCCUCUUCUCCUCUGUCCCCUCCGCCCUUACUCGCCCACUUCUCUCAUUUCCUGUCCUCUUGGUUCCUAUUAUGUUGCCUCAACGCACCCAUCAUGCAGUGGUGCAAAUGGUUAAAUGUCCAAAAUGUGGAAGGGAUGUCAAGACGCGGCAAGCACUGCUCGGUCACAUGA